GCUCCGUUCAGGGGCUUCGGUCUAACUAGUCAGUGUAAUAGGCGGCUAAGGGGAGAAAACGGGGUACGACUGGGGCAAGAGGAAUUCGCGAGAACCGGGAACUAAACCGCCCGACGCCUCGGUCCUUGUCCUGCGGGAGUUCCCACCGCUCGCCUCCCCUCUUUUCUGCAGGCUUUGACUCCCUAAAUCUGGGCACAAAUCAGCGCGAGCGCGGCUGAUUGGAUUGGUCCAAGCUGUGCUGUUUCAGGAGCUGGACUUGGUAGGAGACAAAAGAUGGACCAGCUAUCUGAUGAGGAGUUGGAGGUAAGAGAGGGGGAGGAAGAAGAGGACAGUGAUAAGGAAGAUCAGGAUCUAGAUAAAAUGUUUGGAGCCUGGCUGGGAGAACUGGACAAACUCACACAGAGUUUGGAUGAUGGUCGCCCCGAGCGCCCCCCUCAACGGAAGGCGCCCCUCAGACAGGAGACCAACAUGGCAAACUUUUCCUACAGAUUCUCCAUCUACAACAUCAACGAGGCAUUAAAUCAGGGGGAAAAUGUCGAUCUCGAUGCCCUUAUGGCGGACCUCAGCUCCAUUGAGCAGGAGCUCAGCACCGUCAACCCCAAACAGAACAGUAGCAUGGCACGUCUAGGACUCACUGACACUAAGGUCCGUCAGAAGCCUCCAGCUGGGCCCAGCGGCAGGCAGCAAUCAGCAGGGGGAAGCGGCGACAGUAGCAGGGGUAAUGGUGGUGGUGGCAGCAGCGGAGCAAGUAGUAGCAGCAGCAGCACUAGAGCCUCACCGGCCGGCACCAUCCGAAUUGCCACAGGGCAACAAGGAAGGCCAGGACUGGCAUCUAACUUCAGCUUGGAUGACAUCACAGCCCAGCUCGAGAAGGCGUCAAUGAGCAUGGAUGAAGCUGCCCGUCAAAGCUCCUCUCACUCGCUCGGGUCGACCUCCACGUCUGCCUCAGUACGACGCCCAGCAUCCAGUCAGCGGCAACAUCGGCGGACUGGAUCAGUUGGCACAGUCAGCGACCAUGAAGUGCGAUCUGUUAUCCACUCAUCACGCUCCUCAAUCACAUCAGCCUCAGGAACAUCUGUCAACUCUGCUUCCUCGAUGGACUCUCUCGACAACGUUCCCCAUGACGGCAGCUCUGACAACCAUUCUGCCUUACCCCCACACACAGCCAACGGCGGUGGCCAGAGUCAAAAUAGCACGGAGCACUCCUAUCUGGACAGGGAAACCUCUCUGAUUCUGAGAAACAUAGCAGGGAAGCCUUCACACCUGCUGACCAAGGAGGAGCAAUCUGCAAAAUUGAAGGCGGAUAAUAUUCGAGUCGCCCUGGAGAAGAUCAAGGAGGCCCAGGUGAAAAAGCUGGUGAUUCGCGUUCAUUUGUCAGACGAGAGCUCAAAGACCAUGAUGGUUGACGAGAGGCAAACAGUAAGACAGGUUCUAGAUAGUUUACUGGAGAAAUCACACUGUGGUUACAGUCCAGACUGGUCACUGGUGGAAACUAUCAAUGAACUACAAAUGGAGCGCGUCUUUGAAGAUCAUGAGAACUUGGUGGAGAACCUGCUGAACUGGACCAGAGACAGCCAGAACCGCCUUAUGUUCACAGAACGCAUUGAGAAGUAUGCGCUGUUCAAGAACCCACAGAAUUAUUUGUUGGGGCGGAAGGAGACGUGCGAGAUGGCUGAACGGAACAAAGAAGCUCUGUUAGAGGAGUGUUUUGCUGGCAGUUCAGUAUCUGUCCCGGAGAUGGAGGGUGUGCUCUGGCUGAAGGAGGAUGGAAAAAAGUCCUGGAAGAAACGCUACUUCCUACUGAGAGCUUCCGGUAUCUACUAUGUUCCUAAAGGGAAAGCCAAGUCAUCUAGAGAGCUGGCAUGUUUUCUCCAGUUGGACCAUGUUAAUGUCUACCAUGGCCAAGAUUUCAAGAGCAAGUACAAAGCUCCUACUGACUUCUGUAUGGUGCUCAAGCACCCUCAAAUCCAGAAGAAGUCUCAGUACAUCAAAUAUAUCUGCUGCGAUGACGUCAGAACACUCCAACAAUGGGUCAACAGCAUUCGUAUCGCUAAGUAUGGAAAGCAGCUUUACAUCAACUUUCAGGAGGCCAUGAGAAGGACAGAGGCCGCCUAUGACUGGUCCUCACUAUCUUCCUCCUCCAUUAAGUCAGGCUCUUCCUCCUCUAGUCUUCCAGAGUCUCAGUCCAACCACUCCGGCCAAUCAGACAGUGGCGUGUCGGACCUGAUGUCGUCAAGCCAAGCCCGCUCCCAGAGUAUUGUAAACUCCAUCUUCUCUGACGCAUGGAGGAGGGGAACGCAAGGAGAGAUGAUGAAGAUGGAUGUCAUCAGUAGGCCCAUCCCUGUGCAGAUCCCCACCGUCUCCUCGCAGCACACUCCGCUUUCCCAAUCCCCGGCCUCUCGAAGCAGCUACACCGAUGGGAUGGCCGUCCCCGACAACUCUUCGCCUUUACCCGCCGUGGAAAGCGAGGCUCACCAGGCAGCCGCCUAUGUCAAGUACAGCACACUGGCUCGGCUGCAAAACCAGAACCAGUUAAGAGCGCAGCCGGCCGUCGCCGCCGCGCCACCCAGCUACAACACUCUCCCAGCCACUUACGGUGGCAUGCCCCCGCCGCCACCCGCCACCCCACCACCUCUGCCGCCUGCAGAACCGGUUCCUGGCCCCGCAGUGGCCGUGCUGAAAUUUGGUCUACCCGGUUCCGCAGGUGCAACUCCUCCGCCAUUGGAAAAUGAGUUGCACGAACCGUCGUACCUGCCACCGCCACCGCCGGAGAUCCUGGAAAACACCGAGUUGCCUCCGCCCUUCGACUCCAAAGGAGAUCAACGUGUUCAACUCACAAACGCUGGCCUCCAGGAGUUCCUUGCGCAGAAGUUUCCCAACAUGGUCUAUGACUUCACCCCAGCCAUGUGUGAGGAUUCCUCCCGACCGCCGCCCGGAGCUGAGUUCUCUCCCCCGGCAUCCCUGCGACCCUUGUCCCCUAACGCCCCGCCUCCUGCUCCACCCAAAACCUUCACUGGUGGCUUUCCUCCACAAACUGCUCGAAAACCUGCGGGUCCCUCCUCCCUCCCGCUUGCGCUAUCACCCGUGUCGCCUACACCGCUAGCUAGCAGCCACGCACCAGUAAAGAAACAGCAGAGUUUCUCAACAGGCCACUCCCCCAAUCAGCCGCCUCCCACUCUCCCCAAGCAGCACAGCCUCUCGUCCAAAAACCUCGUCCUCUCCCCUCCCUCCUCGACUCCCUCGGUCUCCGUGGCUACUUCCUCAUUGGUCAAGCAGAUUGUCAAUCAGUUCCCAGGAAAUGCUGCUGCUGCUUCCCCGCCUCUUGCCUCCUCAAACUCCACGGAAGGAUCAAAGUUCAAUGCACCUCAGUCCCCACCGGCAGUCAAGGCGAAACCAAAAUGGCCGCCAGGAGGCUCUGCUGCUCUCCAGUCCCCUGAGUUCCCGCCACCGCCUCCUGACGGCUCCCUGACGGAAUUCCCGCCUCCGCCUUCUUCUAAGACAGCCUCCCCCAUUAAAAAGUCUCCUUCGACUUCAUCCGCCGGUUCCGGCAAACGGGGUCCUCCGCCGACCCCGCAGAGAGCUUCAUCAGUGCGCUCUAACUCAGGCGAGGCGCCGGACGAAAGGCCCAUGAAAGUCGAGAGCCUGGUCAGCAAGUUCGGACAAGCGCCCCAAACUGCCACAUCUUCAAGCUCCUCAUCGGCGACCGGCUCGCCCUGUAAGGAGUCCGCGCUUCCUACGCCGCUUCCCAAACCGGGAAAGCUAAACCUGGCCAACCUCCCGUUAGCGCUGCAGGGUCUUCAAAUGGGCCAACACCAGCAGUCGUCUUCGGACUUCCCUUCGCCUCCACCCCCUCCGCCACUGUCCCAACCUCAGCACCUGGAGUCAUCCCCUGACUAUUUCCCGCCCCCACCAAGUGACUAUGAGCUCUUUCCUCCCCCUCCCCACAUGUCCGAGUUCCAUCACCCACCCAAGGUGGCGGUGGUCAACCCCCAGCCCCAGCAGCAGCAGCAGGCGCCGGCGCCUCUGUCUUCGUGGAAGCAAAGUUCCCUGAAAAAGGGACCGGUGGCCCCGCCGAACCGUCGGUCAAGCAACCCGAGCCCUUACGAAACGACGACGUCGCUACCGCUCUCGCCGCCGCCCCUUUCUCAGACCCCACCGCCCACCAUGUCUCCCUACUCUUCCUCCCCCGUGCCGCCUACAUCCCCCAAAUCCGCAGGACCGAGCACCCUGGCGCUAAAAACUCACUUCCUGGAGGACCUGAACCGCACUUUGAAGAGGAAGUCAGUUUCCCGUCACGGUUCGCUCACCUCUUCUCACCUCAUUCCCUCGUCCAAGAUGGAGCCCGUGGCCACCAUGGACGACAUGGCGCUUCUCCCGCCCCCGCCGCCCGAGCUUCUGCAACAGCAGCAGGCGGCCCGCGGGCACACGCAAACGCUGUCCCGCCACCACGCACACUCCCAGUCCGCUAAAAACAGCACCAACAUCUCAGGCUAUGCAACGCUGCGGCGAGGACCGCCUCCGGCACCUCCCAAACGGGACCAAAGCACCAAACUGACCAGCGAGUGGUAGAAGACAAAGACUUUGGAACUCUUCACCAUGUUCCCUUGGUGGAAUCAUCUUUUGUCUUGAGUUGUGUGACUUUCUUAAUCCUCAAGAUGCAGUCAGACCAAAAUCUAGCCAAAGUCAUCAUUUCAUUGGUCCGAUCAAAUCAAAACACACGAAAAGAAGGCGGGUCACUUCUGACUGGACUAACAGGAAGCAGAUUUGGUUCUGACUGCUGUUGACUUAUUUUUCUCAUUACCAGUAUAUGUUUUAAGCUAUUCAGUCAAGAAACAUACAGUAUAUACACAAAUACAGUAUGUCCGUACUGUAUAUUUCAUGUAUAUACAUAACGCGUUUUCCGGCAAACAGAACAGGCUUUUUCACAAUAUCUGCAGCUUCGCAUUCAAAAAAAAUAGUAAACAUCGUAUCUUUAGAGACGUUUGCUGCGGAAGAAACAUUCGAGCUGGUACCAAACGGGCCAGCAGCAAUGAUGAAGGAUGCAAGAUGGCGUAUGAGUUGUGUUUAUAGUUAAUGUAUGUUGUGGACUGCGAGGAGGGUGAGCGCCUUUCAGUUUUUGUGUUUUUAUAUAAGAUUAUUUAAUACUGGAAAGAUACCACAUAAUUAUUAUUUUAAUGUUUAAAGGAGGUGUCAAAGGAAAAGUUUGAUUUGAUGUCAAAAGUGUUAUUCAUCCUGUUUAAACUGCCUGUUCAGAUGAUGACUUGUAAUUUCAUUAUUUCUUCGCACUUCACGCUGAAUACAUUAGAUUGGGGAGCACGGAAGCGGGUGGCACUCCAAAGAUGCUGGCCAGAACCAACGUCACUGUGCUCGUGUCAGACGAGGUCUGCGGAACAUAAACCUUAAUAUUUUGAAGUUCAAAUCAAAAAAACCUUGAAUUUAAUUGACUAAUUUGAACCCAAAAAAAGUUGUUCUGACUAAAGGGCGCGACUGCGUUAAUAAACCACACAUGGCACCAUGUUGGGUUAUUUAUUGUUCAGUGUUUUAUUGUUUUUACCAGAGCUCUCCAAUCAUGAUUUUUUUAACCGAUAUUGUUCAACUCCAAAAAUCCGAUACCAAACCAAUACUGAUAUACAGUAGUCCGGGACUUCCGGAGCCCCUAAAGGGACAUCAACAGAAAUAAAAUAAAUUUAAGCAAUCUAGUACACUAGAUUGUUUCUGGGAAACAUUAGCAUUUAAUAGCAUUCACGCUAGCAGACUUUUGCUAGGCAAGUUAGCCAUUAUUGCAAUACAGAUUUACAGUUUCUGUGCACAAUCUGGUAAACUUAGCAGUACAGUGGUACCUCUACAUAUGAACUUAAUUCGUUCCAGGACCUUGUUUGUAAGUCGAAAUCAGGGCCGGCCCGGCCUAUACAUAGACUAUGCAGCUGCUUACGGCCCCUGACCACUAGGGGGCCCCCAAUCUGGCAAUUGUUUAAUUUAUAUUCUGUUUACUACAGUUUGCUUUAUUCGACUUUUGUGAGUUUUGAUACUUGAUUACAAGCCUAGAAAAAUACAAGUUCUUCCUUAACUUCUUUCUUUCCUCUUUUAGAAAAAGGUUUGGCGCUAUCUACUGUAAGUACUGACAAUCAUUUGGGGUGAGAAGUUUGAAGUAUGCAGUGCAACAAAAUCUGAUUGAUAUACAAAAUAUGGGCGUAUGACUUGGAUUGCAUGUAUGGGUUUUACAGUACACUGUGACGAAAUGGUGGGCCAAAAAUAUGGGCCCCUUUGCAUUAUUUUGCUUAGGGCCCCCAAAUGGCCUGGGCCGGCCCUGGUCGAAAUGGUCGUAUGUCAAGCUUGAUUUUCCCAUAGGAAUACAUUAUAAUUCCAUUAAUUCGUUCCACAGCCCAAAAACCUACACUAAAUCCUUAAUAAAUUCUGGUAUUAUUACAAAUGGCAAUUACACAUACAAUGGGGCAAAUAAGUAUUUAGUCAACCACUAAUCGUGCAAGUUCUCCUACUUUAAUAUAUUAAAGAGGCCUGUAAUUGUCAACAUGGUUAAACCUCAACCAUGAGAGACAGAAUGUGGAAAAAAAAACCAGAAAAUCACAUUGUUUGAUUUUUAAAGAAUUUAUUUGCAAAACAUGGUGGAAAAUAAGUAUUUGGUCAAUACCAAAAGUUCAUCUCAAUACUUUGUUACGUACCCUUUCUUGGCAAUAACGGAGGCCCAACGUUUUCUGUAACUCCUUACAAGCUUUUCACACACUGUUGCUGGUAUUUUGGCCCAUUCCUCAAAGGCAGAUGUACUCUAGAGCAGUGAUGUUUUGGGGCUGUCGUUGGGCAACACGGACUUUCAACUCCAUCCACAGAUUUUCUAUGGGGUUGAGAUCUGGAGACUGGCUAGGCCACUCCAGGACCUUGAAAUGCUUCUUACGAAGCCAUUUCUUUGUUGCCCUGGCUGUGUGUUUGAGAUCAUUGUCAUGCUGAAAGACCCAGCCACGUCUCAUCUUCAAUGCCCUUGCUGAUGGAAGGAGAUUUUCACUCAAAAAUUUUUCGCUACAUGGCCCCAUUCAUUCUUUCCUUGACACAGAUCAGUCGUCCUGGUCCCUUUGCAGAAAAACAGCCCCAAAGCAUGAUGUUUUCACCCCCAUGCUUCACAGUGAGUAUGGUGUUCUUCGGAUGCAAUUCAGUAUUCUUUCUCUUCCAAACACUAAAACCUGUGUUUCUACCAAAAAGUUCUAUUUUGGUGUCAUCUGACCAUAAUACAUUCUCCCAGUCCUCUUCUGGAUCAUCCAAAUGCUCUCUAGCGAACCGCAGACGGUCCUGAACGUGUACUUUCUUCAGCAGGGGGGCACGUCUGGCAAUGCAGGAUUUGAGUCCCUGGCGGCGAAUUGUUACUGAUAGUAGCCUUUGUUACUGUGGUCCCAGCUCUCUGUAGGUCAUUCACUAGGUCCCCCUGUGUAGUUCUGGGAUUUUUGCUCACUGUUCUUGUUAUCAUUUUGACAACACUGGGUGAGAUCUUGCAUGGAGUCCCAGAUCGAGGGAGCUUAUUAGUGGUCUUGUAUGUCUUCCGUAUUCUAAUUAUUGCUCCUAGAGUUGAUUGCUUUACACCAAGCGUUUUACCUAUUGCAGAUUCAGUCUUCCCAACCUGGUGCAGGUCUACAAUUUUGUCUCUGGUGUCCUUCGACAGCUCUUUGGUCUUGGCCAUAGUGAAGUUUGGAGUGUGACUGACUGAAGUUGUGGACAGGUGUCUUUUAUACCGAUAAUGAGUUAAAACAGGUGCCAUUAAUACAGGUAACGAGUGGAGCCUCGUUAGAAGAAGUUAGGCCUCUCUGACAGCCAGAAAUCUUGAUUGUUUGUAGGUAACCAAAUACUUCUUUUUCCACUCUAAUUUGGAAAUAAAUUCUUUAAAAAUCAAACAAUGUGAUUUUCUGGUUGUUGUUUUUUUCACAUUCUGUCUCAUGGUUGAGGUUUACCCAUGUUGACAAUUACAUGCCUCUCUAAUCUUUUCAAGUAGGAGAACUUGCACAAUUGGUGGUUGACUAAAUACUUAUUUGCCCCAGUGUAGCAAAACAAAUAAAUUAUGAAUACGAAUCGGAAUAAUAAAAUCAUAAUAACAAUUCCUAUAAUAAUGUAACGAAUCUGGUUCUAAUGUGGAGGACGUUUUUUGCUGUACCUGAACGCACCACAUGGCUGACGUGACAGAGGGAGCGGUGAGCUUGAGUUUACUUUCGUUUUCAAUGUUUUCCUGAGAACACCGUCAACUGCGGUAGGUGUUUUGUGUUGGAUAAGUUGUGAAAUAAAUGAUGGAAACGUGACGAAGCUGGUGAUUUCUUUGGUUACCUCAAUAAUAGUUGUCGCCUUAACUUAUAAAGACUGGCGAACGGUGGUCAGAGGACGAGCGUGGAGAUGUCUUGAGUCACUAGUGCGCACCCCACGCUCAUAUUUCUCUAAUUUGCAUCUUCAUUUAGAAGGUAAAUGUCACCGUUUUCCUUGUUUCACCACCUGUACCAACCUUUUUGAAACCUGCGUUGAUUUCUCACACAACAAUCCGCCGUGCAUUCGUCUGCGGUGCUGUCAUAUUUCGAGCAUGUCAUGGGAUGAAGGAACAAAUGUCGAGUCAAAUUUUACGUCGGAUGUCGAAAAGAUCGUGUGUCGAAAUGAUUGUAUGCCGAGGUACCACUUUAUAUUGUUUUUAAACUAGAUAACUUUUGCUAUGCAAGUUGCCCAAUUCUUGCUAGCUAAAAUACUAUGUAAUGCUAAUGUUUACAACAACAGGUUACCGCAUGAAUGCUAUUUUUAGACCGUGACGUGCAUCUUAAAGCGGAAGUGGGACAUUAUAGACCCGCCUUCGCAUAGAAACCAUUAAAUUUCUGCUACUUUUCUCCGGUAAUCUU